AUGCUGCUGACCCUGCGGGGCAGCAUGCAGAGGUGCUUCUGGACCCUCCUCCUCCUGACCCUGCUCCUGCUGGUUGGCCGCCUGCAUGUGGACAUGGAAAUGCUCAUACCCCUGUUCGGCGGCCAGACGGAGGAGCUGCCCGUCACCAACAUCAUGUUUCUCAAGACGCACAAGACGGCCAGCAGCACGGUGCUCAACAUCCUCUACCGGUUCGCCGAGGCGCACAACCUGUCGGUGGCGCUGCCGGCCGGCUCCCUCUUCCACCUGGGCUACCCCUGGCUCUUCGUGACGCGCUACGUGGAGGGCGUGAGGCAGGGCAGCCCCAAGCGGCACUUCAACAUCAUGUGCAACCACCUGAGGUUUAACCUGCCCGAGGUGCAGAAGGUGAUGCCCAACGACACCCUGUACUUUUCCAUCCUCAGAAACCCCGUCUUCCAGCUGGAGUCCUCCUUCACCUACUACAGGCAAUACGCGCCCGCCUUCCGGGCCGCCCCGAGCCUGGACGCCUUCCUGGCGGCCCCGCACGCCUACUACAACGAGACCCUGGACCUGCGCAACGCCUGCGCCCGCAACCACAUGUGGUUCGACCUGGGCUUCGACCCCAACGCGCCGGCCGAGGAGGGCUACGUGCGCGCGCGCCUGGCCGAGGCGGAGCGGCGCUUCCCGCUGGUGCUCAUCGCCGAGCACUUCGACGAGUCCAUGGUGCUGCUGCGGCGCCGGCUGCGCUGGCGGCUGGACGACGUGGUCUCCUUCAAGGUCAACUCGCGCAGCCCGGGCACCGUCACCCGCCUGACGCCCGAGGGCCAGGAGCGCGCCAAGCGCUGGUGCGCCCUGGACUGGCGCCUCUACCGCCACUUCAACCGCACCUUCUGGGCCGCGCUGCGCGCCGAGCUGGGCCCGCGGCGGCUGCGCGCCGAGGUGGAGGGGCUGCGGGCGCGGCGGCGGGAGCUGGCCGCCCUGUGCCUGCAGGACAGCGCGCCCAAGAACAGGACGCAGAUCACCGACCUGCGGCUGCAGCCCUUCCAGUCCGGGCAGGCCGACAUCCUGGGCUACAACCUCAGGCCGGGCUUGGACAACGAGACGCUGCGCAUGUGCCAGAGGAUGGUCAUGCCCGAGCUCCAGUACAUGGCGCACUUGUACGCCCUGCAGUUCCCCCAAAAGCCGCCCAAGGUCAUCCCCUUCCUGAAGCAGAGCACUUCCGGGUGA